CGAGGAAAACAAUUUACAUUAUAUUUAAAUUUUGUUUUAUCCAGUAGAAUCGUUUACACCCAUUAUCUAAAUACUUUUCGCGUUAUAAUUCAUCAAGGAAAUCUUUGUAUUUUUCAAUCUUAUUCUAAAUGCUUCCUCUUAUAAUGGAGAAGAAAAUGCCCACCUGAAAAUAGUUCAUUCUGUUGUUAAUCCACAAUCUGAAAACAGGGAUUAGAGAUCCAGCAAACCGCGUUACAGUUUGGUGCGGUACUGACGCAUCCUCGUUAACGAAUCUAAAACGUUUGCACAAAACUGACAGGUUUUCCCAUCAAGAGCCUCAUAAUCCAGUUAUAAGACACCCCGGGGUGCGUGCGAAACGCCUUGGAGGGGGGAUCCGCUGAUCAGACCGACUACUACACGGUCCGCUCCGUCCCUGGGUCCAGGCGAGAGCAGGACACAAGCAUUUCUCUUUCAGCACUCUGGUCCUCCUGUCCCCUGAUCCCGCUUCUCUGUCCGUAGUGAGGGAUGUCUCUGCUCUAACCUCUCAAACUACUAAUCCAACCGACCAGACUGUUUGGGCGCUGGGCCAUGGAGGAGUGUGACGUGCGCUCCACCGCCAGCAUCCUGGCGUCGGUUAAAGAGCAGGAAGCUCGCUUCGAGCGGCUGAGCCGUGCGCUGGAGGAGGAACGGCACACCGUCUCCCUGCAGCUGGAGCGUGGCACCCUACCUCCCACGGCCAGCGGCACCCAGAGCCUGGCCUGGCAGCAGAUGGUGAUGCAGGAGCAGAGUCCCAGUAACCAGACGUCCCUGGCAAUGAUGCAGGAGCCUCAGGAGAUUGUGGAGGAGACCGUGACCAUUGAGGAGGACCCGGGCACACCCACAUCCCACGUGUCCGUGGUCACCUCCGAUGACGGGACCACACGUCGUACAGAGACAAAGGUGACAAAGGUGGUGAAAACUGUCACACGGCGCACAUACCACCCUGUGGUGGUCAGCGAGACACUGGUGGGGUCCAAACCGGCCACACCCACCCCGGCGGACUCUGACUCUGUCACUAAGAUGGUGAAGACAGUGACGACUCGCACCGUGCGCCAGCUGCCACUCGGCCCUGAUGGGCUGCCCUUCCCCGAGGGCUCGUCUCCUCUGGGCAGCUACACCAACUCCAUCGACCGGCGCUUCAUGAAGAACGGAGAGCGCUUCUCCACGCCACAGGCCACGUCCACGUUGACCCGCUCCUACAACAACUACAGCGACUCGUACGGCGAGACGCCGGAGGGCCCAUACCGCCAUUAUGGGCUCCACGACGGCUACGGGGACUUGCCUGACAGCUAUGGAAGCCUGUCGCGGGGCGUUAACUACCGACCCCGCUACCCAUACAUGGCCUCCAGUGGCUACCGGCCCGAGAACAGUUACACACUGCCCAUCCGCAAGGAUGACUACAGUCACGUGGCGCAGCCCCAGGUUCCCCUAGGGGGCACCGUCGACCUGAACCGCUCGCAGCCUGAGCGCUUCCAGGCCGAGCCCUACGGCCUGGAGGACGAUCGGCGCAGCCUGGGCCCCGAUGAUGAUGAGCCAUACGACCUGGAGUCCGACUAUUCUACAGCCAAUCGGCGCACGCUGGGUGGAGCCAACCAUGGCCGACAUAUGAGAGAGACCCCCCGGGUCAGAGGGGGUUAUGAGGACCCCAUCGAGGCAGACCUGAUCGAUGACCGUCACCCCUACAUGCCCAACUUGUACCCGGCCCCUCUGGCUCAGGCCGAACUGGGCAGCUUGGCCAGCCUGGACCGCAUGGGGCCGAUGGGCGGGCGGCGCUCCCCGUCAGCAGACAGCGUCCGUAAAGAUCCGCGGUGGCGCGACCCCGAUCUGCCCGAGGUCAUCGCCAUGCUGGGCCACCCCGUGGACCCGGUCAAGUCCAACGCGGCCGCCUACCUGCAGCACCUGUGCUACGAGAAUGACAAGGUGAAGAAGGAGGUGCGGCAGCUGAAGGGGGUCCCGCUGCUGGUGGGCCUGCUGGACCACCCGCGGCCCGAGGUGCACCGCAAGGCCUGUGGGGCCCUGCGGAACAUCUCCUACGGCAGGGACCACGACAACAAGGUGGCCAUCAAGAACUGUGACGGCAUCCCUGCUCUGAUCCGGCUGUUGAGGAAGACCAGUGACAUGGAAGUCCGGGAGCUCGUCACGGGAACACUGUGGAACCUCUCCUCCUAUGAGCCACUGAAGAUGGUCAUCAUCAACCACGGGCUGCAGACUCUCACCAACGAGGUCAUCAUUCCCCACUCGGGGUGGGAGCAGGAGCCAAACGAGGACUCGAAGCCACGUGACGCCGAGUGGACCACGGUCUUCAAGAACACAUCGGGAUGCCUCAGGAAUGUGAGCUCAGACGGGGCAGAGGCACGGCGCAGGCUGCGAGAGUGUGAGGGCCUGGUGGAUGCGCUGCUGCAUGCCCUGCAGUCGGCAGUGGGCAAGAAGGACAUGGAUAACAAGUCGGUGGAGAACUGUGUGUGCAUUAUGCGGAACCUGUCCUAUCACGUGCAUAAAGAGGUGCCAGGGGCAGAGAAAUUCCUGGAGCCCUCUGCCAAUCAGACGCCAGGAUCGGUGGGGCCGCAGAGGAAAAAGAAGGAUGAUGCUGGGUGCUUUGGCGGAAAGAAGACCAAAGAGGAGUGGUUUAACCAAGGCAGGAAAAACGGAGAGAGUGACAAAAGCUACGACACACUGGACCUGCCCAAGCGGACGGAACCCACCAAAGGCUUUGAGCUACUGUACCAGCCUGAGGUGGUCAGGCUCUACCUGUCCCUGCUCACCGAGAGCCAGAACUAUAACACCCUGGAGGCUGCAGCCGGGGCUUUGCAGAACCUGAGUGCAGGCCAGUGGACUUGGUCCAACUACAUCAGAGCCACGGUGCGCAAGGAGAAGGGCUUACCCAUCCUGGUGGAGUUGCUUCGCUCGGACUCAGACAAGGUGGUGCGGGCGGUGGCCAUCGCUCUGAGGAACCUGUCCAUGGACCGUCGCAACAAAGACCUGAUAGGCAGCUACGCCAUGAGAGACCUGGUCAGCAACCUACCCAGCGGGCAGCAGCGGCCAGCAAAGAACCUGGAGGAGGACACAGUGGUGGCCGUCCUCAACACCAUCCACGAGAUCGUGACGGACAGCUCGGAGAACGCACGCUCCCUCAUCCAGGCCCAGGCCAUUGAGAAGCUGGUGGCCAUCAACCGGACCAGCCAGUCCCAGAGGGAAACCAAGGCAGCAUCCUAUGUCCUGCAGGCCGUGUGGAGUCACAAAGAGCUGAGGAACAGCCUUGCCAAGGACGGCUGGAACAAGACACACUUCCAGCCCACUGCCACUAGCCAGACCAAGGGGACCAGGAGUAACAAGCCAGCCUAUGAUGACACCACCCUCCCCUUGAUGGAGAAGAAUCAAGGCAACAAGAAAUCAGUCAGUGCUGACAUGAUACCUAUGGACGAGCUCGAUCCAGAUGGAUAUUCCACCAUCGAUCAGAAGGACAAGGACUGCAAGUACAAGAGCGGGGAUGUGUCAACUGACCCGGCAGAACGGGAGCCGUUGAAGAAUGACACAAAUAGGAAACAGUUUGUCAGGACUAACAGACCAACGGUGAAUCUGGUGGACACUUGUGAUGUUAAACCUCAGCCUGUAGACUCCUGGGUCUAAAUGCAUGCAUGGCUUAAAAUCAAAACAGCGCAACAUGUCAACGAGAAGAGGAUGUCAUAUAUCACUGCCAUCACACACGGAGAAGCAGAUUUUAUACACGUUCACACACGAAGACUCAGCCAUCCUGCCGCCGACGUUUCCAACUUCUCAGCAUAACGUGGCUAUUUAAACAGAGGCCGGGAAUACAGAGCCUCUCCUUCUCUUCACAUCUGCAUCCCUCUGGAAGCGCCGGGCGAUCUCGACGGCUUCAGCGUGCCCGGGGUUUGGUGCAUGCUGGGAGAAACGGACAUGUGACGUGAGAUGGGGAGAGGAGCGGGAACGCCAAGAAGGAGCACUGCUGCUGAGGCACUGCUCUGUCCAUUUAUUUCAGCAUUCUUCCUUUUUGGAGGGCACUGAGCUCAGCUUAUCGCUUCUUUUUGGUUUAUUAAAAUCCUUUCCCAAGGCUUUUUCUGCUUGUUUAGAGACGUGAAGGAUUGCAGAGUGAGGUGAGAGACGUCUAAGUGAGACUGUGGAUGGAAAGCAGAUGGGCGGCUGGGAGGCACGGCAGUAACGCUCACACUGCACGGCUUCAUUAACGUGCCUCACAGAACACGGUUACUCAUUAGUUGCUGAAACACGCCUCUUUCUUGUGUAAAAAUCAAGGGUCUGAUACACUUGGCAAAUUGGUCUGGUAGUAUUUCGGGUGUCCAGAGGGUGAAUAGAGAUUCUGGUGGUGUUUAUGGUUGUCUAGUGGGUGUAUGGAGUAUUUGAUGAAGUGUAAGGGUGUCCAAAGGUCGGAUGGAGGAUCUGGUGGUGCAUAAGGGUGUCAUAAAUGUGGAUGGAGGAUCAGGUGGUGCUUUAGGGCAUCCUAAAUGUGGAUGAAGGAUCUGGUGAUGCUUCAGGGUAUCAUAAAUGUGGAUGGAGGAUCAGGUGGUGCUUAAGGGUGUCAUAAAUGUGGAUGGAGGAUCUGGUGGUGCUUCAGGGUGUCAAAUGUAGAUGGAGGAUCAGUUGGUGCUUAAGGGUGUCAUAAAUGUGGAUGGAGGAUCUGGUGAUGCUUCAGGGUAUCAUAAAUGUGGAUAGAGGAUCAGGUGGUGCUUAAGGGUGUCAUAAAUGUGGAUGAAGGAUCUGGUGGUGCUUCAGGGUGUCAAAUGUAGAUGAAGGAUCAGGUGGUGCUUAAGGGUGUCCAAAGGUCGGAUGGAGGAUCUGGUGGUGCUUAAGGGCAUCCUAAAUGUGGAUGAAGGAUCUGGUGGUGCUUCUGGGUGUUCUAAGGAUGUAUGGAGGAUCUGAUGUUUAAAGUUGUCCAAAGUUUGGAUGGUGGAUAUGGUGACGUUUGAUUGUCCGAAGGCUGGGUGAAGGAUCUGGUGGUGUUUAUGGGUAUUCUAAAUGUAGAUCUCUGACGUGGUGAGGCGUUUGAAUGUAAAUGUUGUUCCUGCAUCUCCAGAAGAUGUGGAAUGAAAGGUUUCCUCGUGUUUUAGGUCUGCUAGAGACGGGUGAAUCCGCUGGACGCACUGAGCGUGGUCAGACAACCCGGUUCACUGCCCUCUGUUUUCAGGAAGGUAACUGGUGAGCAAUCCGUUGGCGAUUUAGGGUAACAGAAGUGGAGAGGAAUAGAUCUUUGCUGGGAGCUCUUUCCUUUCAAAGCAGUUUAUAUUUUUCUUGGUUUUUUUAAAUGUAUAUUAGGGUUAAAAUAAUAAGCAAAUACUGACCUUUAUCUGUCGUUAGCCAUGUAGCCAAGCAAAGCGAUGGACUGGAAGCCUAGGCUCUGCAUUUGGGGUUUGGCUGGUAUUUUUUUUUUUGUACAAAGUAAUAACCGCUAACCUAACAGUGUGAAAACCAGUAGUAAUGCUGAUUACCAGGUUACGUUUUUGUAUUGUCAAGAGCAAAACACUUAUCUGCCACUUUUUAGAAGCGAAAAAAGGUCAUUUUCUAUUGCAGAGCUGGUUGCCAAACACUAUCAGGGAUGGCUGGGGGGAGGACGGAUCAGCAAACACGGGCACGGAGAAUUAAUGGGGUGCGGGAGACUGACGCGGACACAGGUCCCGUUCACUCACCGCAGCUGUGUGAAGCCCAUACAGGCACUGAUGCAGUUCAGUCCAUUUUUCUAACACAUCUUUUCAUGUCCUUCAAAACAAGCAUGAAAAAAUUGUGGAUGUUUAUGUUCUGUGUGUCAGUUUUUUUUUUUUCUUCAUGGUGUAAAUUUCACAGCUGGUUGGGAGGGAACUUGGAAACUUUCACUGCUAACUUCAAGGCAAUACUAGCAUCCGUUAUAGUAUCAGUCUGAAAGCUACUAAUUCUCCUUUCAUGAGCUGAAAGGUAGGCAGGGAAGCAUGGGAGCGACGUUCCUGCUACCCAUCAGACCUCCUCUCCAGGUGAUUGGCAUGCUCCUGUUAUACAGUGUGAUUUCCUUUAUCGUGUCACUUUCUAAAACAUUGCAGUAUUUAUAAAUAUACACGUAAUGGAAGGAAAAUCCUAAUUUGGACAAUUAAAAGAAAACUGUCCUGUUUUUCUAUCCUCAGUCUUGUGUUCAUUUAGAGGGGAUGUGUCCCUUACCGUGGUACACGACCACACGCCCUGGCUUUGUGUAUCUGUGCCUGUGUAAACAUACACGGGAAAUUAGCGUGGGGGUCCCAGCACCGCCGGGGGGGGGGAUUCCCCACACGACACUAAGCAAGAUCACCACUCCGACAGCGGGUCGGCGCAAAUGAUUUGCCCGCAGAUACCGAUGAAAAGGUAGAGGGGAAGCAACCACUGCUGAAUGCGAGACGUGUUUGAACUAUCAUGUGCCUUAAGAUUUUCCAUGGUAAGACUGUAACAGUAACCAUCAGUUUUUUAAGAGAAAUAGCUUUUCUUCCAUGUUAUUGAUUUUUUUCUCUCGUUCACUCACCUUCCCCUGUUCCCACACACACACACAUAUUCACACUCCCUUCCUCCAGCCCUCGCUUUCUCCCUUUUUCUGUAACACCCCUCUUCCCCGAUACACACACACACACACACGCACGCUGUUCUUGGUGUAUUAUAGACCACUCGUGGGGUUCUGCCUUGUAAAACCUUGUAUUAUAAACCAUAAAAACAGGACAUGAAACCGGACUGAUUUCAUAAAAGUUCAUUGUUGAAAUGCUCUGGCAGGGUGACGACGCGACACUGAGAAUAUAUCCUAAAUCCACUAAUAUCCUGGUGCAAGUGACACGCUUGUCAAAUAAAAAGGUGAAAUAAAAGGUUUGUAGAGAAUCAGUUUGGUGUGUUUCCAAUAAACCAUGCCUGGGGAAAAAAUAA